GUGCGAAGAUGGCGGGUUGAGCGGUUGUGUUUUUCGAAGCUCGUGAUAGUGGUCCCCAAAGUUUGCUUGAAGUAAGUAAUUCCGACUGUUUAAUGUUAAGAUGUCUACACAAAAAUUGAUUAAACCUGCCAAGCUAAAAGUAGACCCCAAAGGGAUAGAUCUGUCGCCUAAUAUCGAAAAGAACGAUGAGGCUAAAGUAAUGAUGCACGACUAUGCAAUGGAGGUUACUGUGCAAAGUAAAAGAAAUCGCGGAGACGGCUCCCUUCCUUCAACGCCAAGUAAAACUCCUGCGGAGAAAAGGGUUAAGCCAACAGCUGACAGAGAGAAAGAUAAAAUCUCCAACGAAACCAUUCUGGAGGCAAUCUUAAAUCUGGAAAAGAGAGUGGAUGAGAAGCUGGCGGAUUUAAGUGAGCAGUCUAAACAAAGUAGCGCCAUGAUUGCAAGUUUAACGAAGGCGAUUCAGUUCAACACGGAAGAGGUGAAUGAGUGCAAGAAAAGAGUAAAGGACUUGGAGAUACAAAAUGAACAUCUGCGCAAGGAGAAUUGUGAUCUUGAGAGGGUGAGAGAACAAGAAAGAUAUAGAAUGAGGUGGUGUCUCCGUAUCAAAGGCAUAGAAGAAAAAAAAGAUGAAGACCUCAGGUCACAUGUCAUACAAAUCCUCGGUAAGAUUGCACCUGAGAUGGACGCAAAGAUGGAUGAGGCUGUUGACAUUGUCCACAGGCUGGGAAGAAAGAUGGACAAUAAAAGUGAGUGA